AUGCUUAGCUUAGUCGGAUUUAUUUUUCUUAGUGGGCUCGUCCUAAUAGGAGCCUCGCAGCCAAAGGAAGGAGAUGUCCUGCCGGGAUUCCAAAGUCUCAGAAAUCUCAAGCCUUUGGGAACUGAGUUUGCAGAGUACUUUAAAAAUGUAACCCUUAAUGACUUGGGACUUCUGGAUCCCAGAUUGCCAACUCAGCAGGAUCUCUUGUGCCUCAAGCAUUUGACUGAGUUUUCCUUAGGCCUUAGUUCCGGCCAAUAUUGGUCCUUGAAAAUGAUCGAUGCGUGGGGAUUCAUUCCCUCUGGAAUCCUAACUGGCAACCAAUACAGCUUGGGAAACUUCGACGAGUGUCUCAACAUCGAAAAGGACACCAUCCGUGGAAAGUACUGCUUUCUGGAGACUACCCCCAGUAAAAUGAUAGGACUAGACAGUGCAGCAGCAGCAUUUUGGAAGCUCAGAACGGCAACCUGCUUUCCCGCCUCCUGUUCGGCCACUCACAUGAACAAGUUCGUGAGUCAGAUGAGUCAGCGCCUACUCAACGUGAGUGUCCCCAGCACAGUGAUGAGUAUCAGCGAUAGCAGCUGCCAGACAAGUGAAAGCGAGCCCUGGGAUGGACUAACUAUAUUUACCAUAGUGUUCUUAUCGCUGAUGGGCUCUAUCGUGGCGGUCUGCACGCUCUACGAUUAUUUCGUGUGCAAGAAUCAAAGUCAACUUCCUACGUUUGUCAAGGUCUUUUCAGCCAGGGUCAACUCGCGAGCUCUUUUCCGCCUCGUGGAGACCAAUUCCAACCCGAAUGUCAUCGACUGCCUUCAUGGGAUUCGCUGCAUGUCUCUCUUUUGGGUGGUUUACUGCCACGGGUAUGGAUAUUCACUGGCAUCGGCAUAUCUGAACUUUUUCUACGUCCCUCGGUGGCUAGAGUAUCCAUACACGAUGUUUUAUGUGCACGGCUUUUUCUCGGUGGAUUCGUUUUUCGUUAUCGGUGGCUUACUAGUGGCUUUGAUUACUCUACGAUCAAUGGAUAGAACCAAGGGUAAACUUAAUGUGCCCCUGAUGUAUCUUCAUCGCCUGAUCCGUUUAGUUCCCAUUGUGGCCAUGGCGAUUCUGAUCUAUAUGAAUCUCAUGGGUCUCGUGGCAGAUGGUCCACUUUUCAAGGGUGGAUUCAGUGGCAAAACAGUGUGUGAGAAUGGAUGGUAUCGCACGUUGCUGUUCGUAAAUAACUACUUUGAUGAAAGGUGCCUUGGUCAUACCUGGUAUCUUUCGGUGGACAUGCAGAUGUUCAUCAUCUCUCCAAUUCUUCUGAUCUGCCUCUAUAUAUGGGGCAAGAAGGCAGCUGCUGGCAUAAUCGUUGUCAUAGCCCUAUUAGCUGGUUUACUCUUUGGGUCCAUGAUGGUCAACCACUACUCCAUGGUGAUAAAGAGCACAGAUGCAGAGGCCCAAAAACUAUACACCUCUACACAUUACCACUGUACUCCUUGGCUCAUUGGAUUUAUGUUCGGCUACUUUCUGUACAUCAAUCAGGGCAGGAAGUUUCGACUGAACUGGGUGGCCGUGUGGUCUGGAUGGACCCUCUGCCUGGCCAUGAUGUUCACCUCUAUAUUCGCUCUGUAUCCCGCCGCCGAUUGGUCCACCCCUGCGCUGUCCACCCUGGAAGAGGCCUCCUACUACACCUUCACCCGGCUGGGGUGGCCACUGGCCAUCUGCUGGGUGAUCUUCGCCUGCAUGCAGGGCUACGGGGGUCUGGCCAACAGCUUCCUGUCCUCUCCCCUCUGGCAGCCUCUGUCGCGACUCUCGUACUCCGUCUACAUUUGGCACGUCUUCGUCCAGGAGGUAAACAAAAGGAGUGUCAGGACGAACUCGUACUACUCGGACUACCAAAUGAUGCUUGGUUUCUGGUCAGAUAUGGGGAUCACCGUGCUGCUUUCCUACGCACUCUACCUGAUCAUCGAAGCACCCUUUGCUGGCCUUGAUCUCUUCAUCCGACCUCAGAAGAAACCAUCUAGCGACAGAAAAGUUAAGGCUGAAUCGCAACCUCCCCAUCAAAUUCAAAUAAUCGAGGCAGGACUUUGUAAGCUAGAAGAGCCAAAAGAGUGCGAUACAAUCGAAUCAGUGCCAUCUGAUUCGGCUGAAAAAUAA